AUGACUGACCUGAAUACCCCUAAAAUUAUCUGCACUACUAGAUACGCCAGAAUACAACUGCUGGAAGAUAAAAGUGUAGCAAAAUCUGUCAAAAUAGAAAGCCAAUGUGCGCCCCAUGACGUGGAAACGGAACUGCGAAUCCUUGAGUCUUGCCACCAUCCACACAUUAUCCCUGUCCUGUCCUCAAAAUUGGAGCAGGGCAUUCUUGAAAUAAGAAUGCCCCACAUCGAAUUGGAUCUUUACCAGUUUAUGAAAAGCCAUUACCGCACAAAACAACAACGGGCAUAUCUGGAUUCUCUGCUAUCUUUAUCCGAGGGCGCAUUGGCAUUAGGUGGUGUUAAAAUAAGAAAAAAUCACUUGAGCAUUGAACGUACCUUAAAAAUAAUUACUCAGAUUGCAGAUGCCAUUGCUUACAUUCAUGAUCUGGGCAUUAUCCACCGCGACAUUAAGCCUCAAAACGUCCUCAUAAACCCAAAUACUGAUCACAUCUACUUAAUUGACUUUGGUAUCGCCUACGACACCACUCCUACCGCCCAUCACAAAUAUAGCGAAACUGACAACAAUAAGAUCCACGACGUAUCUACCUCCAUAUACAAGGCCCCAGAGCUCAUGUUCAGUGUCCGCAAUUACAGCCUCCCCGUCGACAUCUGGUCCUUCGCCGUGCUCAUCUCACAACUUUUCCAGGACCAAAUCGAAACCAAAUCUGCCUCCAUACCCGCAUUCGUCGACGAUGGAAGCGAAGAACUCGACGCCGGAACCGACAUCAGAGCAAUCAUGUCCGUCUUCCACCACCUGGGAAUCCCCUCCCAACAGCAAUGGCCACAAGUGGUCAAAUACGGCAGCGGUGGCUUCGUCGGCAUCUUCGGAACACAAGGCGAUGGGAACUACAUCUUCGAAAAACCUUGGCAAGAUCAGCUCGCCCGUGUCGAACUAAUGUUCCCCCGUUUAAAAGAAGUCCCACAAUACCAACAACUCGCAAAACUCCUGCUCCACAUGCUCCUCUUCGACACCGAAAAACGCAUCACCGCAAACGAAACCUUCAAAACCUUACAAUCCCUCCUUCCUCACCAAUAA